UGGCUCGGGUUUGGCAUUGGAGGUGACUACCCUCUUUCAGCCACCAUCAUGUCUGAAUAUGCUAACAAGAAGACUCGUGGGGCUUUCAUCGCUGCCGUCUUUGCUAUGCAAGGUGUCGGUAUCUUGGCUGGUGGUUUUGUGGCUCUUGCAGUCUCUUCCAUUUUCGACAAACAGUUUCCAUCGCCGACCUAUGACCAAGACAGGGUUCUCUCAACGCCUCCGGAGGCUGAUUACAUUUGGCGUAUCAUUGUCAUGUUUGGCGCUAUACCUGCGGCCAUGACCUUCUAUUGGCGUAUGAAGAUGCCUGAAACCGCUCGUUACACUGCUUUAGUUGCCAAGGAUAUUAAACAAGCCACAAAAGACAUGUCGAAGGUCUUACAAGUAGAGCUUGAAGUUGAAGAAAGGGCGGAUGACCCACAACUGAACUAUGGAUUGUUCUCCAAGGAAUUCCUUAGGCGCCACGGGCUUCCACUCCUUGGGUGUACCUCAACUUGGUUCUUGCUUGACAUUGCUUUCUACAGCCAAAAUUUGUUCCAAAAGGAUAUUUUUUCGGCCAUUGGAUGGAUUCCAAAGGCAGGCACCAUGAAUGCUGUUCAUGAGGUUUUCAAGAUCGCUAGGGCUCAGACUCUCAUCGCGCUUUGCAGUACUGUCCCAGGGUACUGGUUCACCGUGGCAUUUAUUGAUAUCAUGGGAAGGUUUGCAAUCCAACUUAUGGGAUUCUUCUUCAUGACGGUGUUUAUGUUUGCCAUUGCCUUCCCUUACAACCACUGGAUCAAGCCAGACAACCGUAUCGGAUUCGUGAUUAUGUACUCCCUCACCUUUUUCUUCGCCAACUUUGGACCAAAUGCAACCACUUUCAUUGUUCCUGCUGAGAUCUUCCCAGCUAGACUAAGGUCCACAUGCCACGGAAUAUCUGCUGCGACAGGUAAGGCUGGAGCCAUUGUUGGAGCCUUCGGGUUCUUGUAUGCGGCUCAAUCACAGGAUCCAGCCAAGACAGACGCAGGAUACCCACCGGGUAUUGGAGUCAAGAACUCAUUGAUCAUGCUUGGUGUUAUCAACUUUAUUGGUAUGCUCUUCACAUUCCUUGUCCCUGAGCCAAAGGGCAAGUCCCUCGAAGAACUUUCUGGUGAAGCUGAGGUUGAGAAAUGAUUAAAAGAUCAUAUAUUUUCAAUACAUGUCUGUCAUUCGUUUUCCUCAUUUUAAUGUUUCAUUUUUUUUUUCUGUGAUAUGAUAUAUUGUGCACUUCUACUUUUGCAUUU